AUGGCCGAGGAAGAAACUGCCACUGGAGCUCCACUCGAGUACCUGCAAAAAGUCUUCACUGGGGAACAGGGGAUGAAUGGGAAGCAAGCACCUGGUGACAAUUGCAACCAGGAAGGCAUGGCGAUCCCAGGGAGGGUCGGGCGUUGCAACUCGGAGGCGCGCAAGAAGAAGAUCGAGAAGUAUCGAAGCAAGCGCAACCAGAGGAAUUUCCACGGGAAGAUCACUUAUGCAUGCAGGAAGACGCUGGCCGACAGCCGGCUGAGAGUUCGAGGCCGGUUUGCAAGGAAUGGCGAGACCGAGAUAUCAACAGAGCCGGAAGCUUUGGCAGAGGUCACGGAGAACAACGACGAUUGCUAUAGCAGUUAG